CAUAAAAAGCCACGUGCGGCCCGAGCUUGCCUACAUUGAUCCCGCGGAGCGGAGGAGUAACCACGCGAGAUGUUCUGGACCGUUUUUCUGCUCGUCCAAGCUGUCCUGCUUUAUUUUCUUCUCACGCACAGGUCGAGAUCCAAGAGUGAUCCCCCCCUCGACAAAGGAGUGAUCCCGUGGCUAGGCCAUGCACUCGAAUUUGGAAAAGAUGCUUCCAAGUUCUUGAAUCGAAUGAAGCUGAAGCAUGGCGACAUUUUCACAGUGCGUGCUGCCGGCCGCUACGUGACGGUGCUGCUGGACCCGCACUCAUACGACACAGUCAUCAACGACUCGGACAACCUGGACUUCACUCGCUACGCGCAGGUGCUCAUGGAGAGGAUCUUCAACCUGCGGCUGCCGCACCACCAGCCGGCGAGAGCGAAGGCGAUGAUGAAAAAGCACUUCAUGGGAAUGAAUUUGAACGCCCUCAACAGCGCCACGAGCAGACACCUGCAGGCCUUGCUGAAAGCUGAGAUGCCUCAGAACCAGAAAGACUGGAAAGAAGAGGGACUUUUCAACCUUUCUUACAGCUUACUCUUCAAGGCGGGCUACCUGACGCUGUUCGGCGGAGAGCAGAACAACAACAGCACCGAUCCCUCAAGCGUCUAUGAGGAGUACAAGAGGUUUGAUGAUCUCCUUACCAAAAUGGCAAGAGGCACCCUAAAGCCAGAGGAGAAGAGGACAGCCCAGAGUGUUCGGCAGAGACUGUGGGAGCUUUUGGCCCCAGCGGGUCUGACCGAGGACUCGGGGUCGAGCCCUUGGCUUCACGCCUACAGGCGGCUGCUGCAGGAGGAGGGGGCCGACGAGGAGACGCAGAGGAAGGCCGUGCUGAUGCAACUCUGGGCCACACAGGGUAAUGUCGGUCCUGCUGCAUUUUGGAUGUUGGGCUACUUGUUGACAAAUCCCGAGGCUCUGACAGCGGUGAAGAGCGAGAUGGAAACCUCAGAGACCUCAGUGCUGGACAGACCUGUGAACACCCCAGUGUUUGAGAGCGCCUUGGAUGAGACACUUAGACUCACUGCUGCCCCCUUCAUCACCAGAGAGGUAGUGCAGGAUAAGACCCUCCACAUGGCUGACGGCCAAGAGUACCUGCUAAGGAAAGGAGACAGGGUGUGUUUGUUCCCCUUCAACAGCCCUCAAAUGGACCCAGAGAUACACCAAGAGCCACAGAAAUACAAGUACGAUCGCUUCCUGAAUAAAGAUGGAUCCGUGAAGAGGGACUUUUAUAAAGGAGGGAGGCGGCUGAAAUAUUACACCAUGCCAUGGGGCGCAGGGACCAAUGGCUGUGUGGGAAAGCAGUUUGCCAUCAAUACCAUCAGACAGUUUGUUUACGUGGUGUUGACUAACUAUGAUUUGGAGCUGUGUGACCCAAAUGCUCAGAUGCCAGAGGUAAAUGCCAGUCGAUAUGGAUUUGGAAUGCUACAACCAGAGGGGGACUUGCUUGUCCGAUACAGACCCAGGAAUACACUCUAGACAAGCAAAACACAUAUCUUUUAAGCACAUUUCAACACAUGCACAUUGUUUAUAGUGUCAAUAUGCCCUUUGUACUUUUGUAUUUUAUAUUUAUGGUGUGUAUUUAUGUCAUACUGUAUGUAAUAUAUAUUUUAUUAUUUAUCAAUAAAUGUAAAUAAUGCUUUGUA